UUUCGUUCUCAACCUCUCGUUCUUGGUCUCGGACUUGUUCACAGACGCGCCCCACGCGACGGACACGAUGUCCUGGCUGGCAUCGGCCCUCCUCUCCCUAAUUCACGCUCUGUAUCGGCUAGUCCUUGUAUUUCAGUCUGUCUUCCGCCCGGCUACGGAACCGCAACCUAUUACUGCGGAGAGGUCAAAGCUACCCCAACAUCUUGCGCUGGCAUUGGUACCCAACCCGGAGGCGGACGAUGAGGCCAACGAGCAGUAUCUUCUAAACAGCGUGGAAAAGGUGGCUGGCUGGUGUCAACUUGCGGGCAUCCGCCGGCUCUCUGUCUAUGACCGCGAAGGCGUCCUGUCAAGAUCUUCUAUAGAGCUGAGGGGGCGGUUACAACCUGCGUCGCGAAAGGCGGAGCCGGAGGACUCGCCAGUUGAAUGCGACAUCCAAUACCCCCUCACGCCGCCUCCUUCCGACGACGCAGAAUCCCGGCCACUCUCUCCCCACUCUGGGAAUGUGGUCCCAAAACUCGGCGUUACUACUAUCCGCCUUCACGCAGAGUCACCGAAGCCCAAACGGAGAGUAAACGCGCUCAAGCGUCGACGUGUUCCACCCAAGGGUGAGGACUCGCAGCCUGCCCCCUUGACACUGCAUAUUCUAUCGUACCAGUCCGGCAAACCAGCCGUCGCAGCCGCCGCCAGGAUGUUCCUCCAUAACAUACGGCAGAAUCAACCUAAUAACCCCCCUACAAGCACCCCGCCAUUGAUGCCGUCCAUACAAGAACUCACUGCAGUACUAGAAGGCGAGAGCGGAUUCUCUUCGCCAGAUCUGAUGAUUGUGCACCGGAAACCGCCUCUUCCCCAGUUGCCUGAGCCGGCCGAACUGGGCGGUUUCCCUCCAUGGCAGACAAGACUGACAGAGAUAUACUGGGACUUUAGCGCACCCUCCCGGAAGUCAUGGCGGAACACGGCUUCCGUAGACGAGAGCCCGUCUAUACAGGAGACGGAGUUCAGGAGGGCGCUGGACGAGUUCGCCGGCGCCGAGAUGCGUCUUGGGAAGUAACUCGUUGUCUUGUAGGUGUAAUACGUGGGAUGGAAAACGGAAGUACUACUUGUUUAACUGUUCAGAUGUCACCCCACAAG